CUCAGAGAGAUGGGGUGAAUUUCUUAUCUGAGGCCCCAAGAGAUUGGGUGAAUUUUUUUUACUUAAAGCUAGCAAAUCCCAAAGGUUUUUUGAAUCAAGCCUUAGCCUUCUGACCAUAAGGUGCACGUUUUUGCUCUGCAUUAAUACUUGGUACCUGUUAAGUUAAUUAUCUACAAAUUCUUUUGUUCCUACAUUUCAGUUUAAAAUUCUUUCAGGAGUAGAAGUACUUACUAAAUCAUGAUACAUACAGUGUUUGCUUUUGACUUUGAAAGUACUUUUAAUAAAGUCUUAUAUCUGUUUAGUGGGGAAAAGAAGAAAAGGGGAAAACUGUAAAACUUGCCCUUGUGCACUGCACGAGUUUUCAUAAAUCUCAGCCUUCUUGAGGCUGAUUACACUUUGCGGUCUUCCUUAGGAAAUGGGUGAAAAUUGGAGCUGGGACACAAACAGGAAGGCUGGGAGGCAAAUCUGUCCCACAGGCACUACCUCUUUAAAUAGCUACCGUGCAGUGGGAAUUAGUUCUCCUCCUGCAAGAAACUCCAGUGCCCUUUGUUUCUUUGCCGCUGGGCUGGAGGCAGCCAGUGCUGUCCUGUCUCAGAGGGGGGAGGCAGUGCUCAGAGGGUGUGGGGUGUUGGAUAUGGGCUGGAGGAUGGCCUCCCCAUUUCUAGGCCAUGAGGACACAUGGUCGCACAGAUGUUCCGUAUUUCUCCCUUAAGAAUAUCAUCCGUGAGACUUUUAACCUCCUAAAAGGCAGCUGCAGACUGGAUUGUUUGCAUGUGGUUCACUGACCCUUGUUCUUGGUCACGUCCCACCUUCUUCUUGGGAUAGCUGGUGUAGCCCAGCCCUUAAGAAAAUCUAUUCCUCGGUGCCGAAGAAUUAACAGGAUGCUCUCCAACGAGUCCCUACAUUCUCCUGCAUUUAGCCGAUCCAACUCACAAGCCUCCAUAGACAGCACCUCCAUGGAGGAGUUUUUGCGGGAAAUAGAAAGCAUUAAAGAGAAUAGCAUGGGAGGACAGGAAGAACAGAUACCAGCUGAAGUCAAGCCUGUGGAUGAAGGAGAACUUGAAGCAGAGUGGUUGCAAGACGUGGGUUUAUCAACCCUGAUCUCGGGUAAUGAAGAGGAGGAUGGCAAAGCCUUGCUCUCUACACUGACUCGAACCCAAGCAGCUGCUGUGAAAAAGAGAUAUAAUACUUACACUCAAACCAUGAGAAAAAAGAACAAGCAGUCUGUUCGGGAUGUCAGAGACAUCUUUGGAGUCAGCGAAUCUCCUCCAGGUGAUACCUGUGACAACCAUACUGCUCAGUUGGAUGGAACCCUGGAGGAAAAAGAACUGCCAGGAAUUAUCAAAACAAGUGGGUCCUUGCCAGAUGAUGCUUCUCUCAACAAUACCACCCUGUCAGAUGGGUCCCAAGAUGAAGAAGGGAGUUUUGCAGUUCCUAGGAGUGGCUCUGUGUCUGUACUCGAGACUCUUCCAGCCCUACCAGUUCUCUCCAACGGAUCUCCAGACCCUGCACAGGCAGUUCAGAAUGCAGGGAGUGAUGAUGAUUAUCGGAAAAAAAACAUUCCACCAGAAACUGAAGAGCUGUCCUUUGAAGUAUCUUAUUCAGAAAUGGUUACAGAGGCUCCAAAAAGAAGUAAAUUCAAGAAAUCAGAUUUUAAGAAAGAGGACUAUGCUUUAACUAAAUUUAUUGUCCAGAAAACCAGAUUUGGCCUAACCGAAGCAGGAGAUCUGUCUGCUGAAGAUAUGAAGAAAAUCCGCCAUCUCUCUCUAAUUGAACUGACUGCCUUUUUUGAUGCCUUUGGAAUCCAACUGAAAAGAAACAAAACUGAGAGAGUAAAAGGACGAGACAAUGGUAUUUUUGGCGUUCCACUUACAGUCCUAUUGGACAAUGACCGAAAGAAAGACCCUGGAGUGAAGGUUCCCCUGGUGUUACAAAAAUUUUUUGAGAAAGUUGAAGAAUCGGGCCUGGAAUCUGAAGGAAUUUUUCGACUUUCAGGAUGCACUGCCAAAGUCAAGCAAUACCGUGAAGAACUGGAUGCCAAGUUUAAUGCUGAUAAAUUUAAAUGGGACAGAAUGUGCCAUAGAGAAGCUGCAGUAAUGUUGAAGGCGUUUUUCAGAGAACUACCCACCUCUCUCUUCCCUGUGGAAUAUAUACCUGCCUUCAUCACUCUCAUAGAAAGAGGGCCUCACAUCAAAGUACAGUUUCAAGCUUUACAUCUCAUGAUCAUGGCACUGCCUGAUGCCAACAGGGACACAGCCCAGGCCCUCAUGACAUUCUUCAAUAAAGUGAUUGCCAACGAAUCAAAAAACCGAAUGAGUAUAUGGAAUAUUUCUACUAUAAUGGCACCAAACCUUUUCUUCAGUCGAAGCAAGCAUUCUGAUUAUGAAGAAUUACAGUUAGCAAACACUGCAGCGCACAUCAUCCGCCUAAUGCUUAAAUACCAGAAAAUUCUGUGGAAGGUUCCGUCUUUCUUAAUCAUGCAAGUCAGAAGAAUGAAUGAAGCUACCAUGUUGUUAAAGAAGCAGCUCCCAAGUGUCAAAAAGCUGCUGAGGAGGAAGACCAUAGAGCGAGAGGUUGUAAGUCCCAAGACUUCAAAGGUAUUACAAAAAUCACCCUCUUCGAGAAGAAUGUCUGACGUGCCGGAAGGAGUCAUAAGGGUCCAUGCUCCGCUUCUCUCUAAGGUGUCCAUGGCCAUUCAGCUCACUAGUCACACCAAAGCCAAAGACAUACUGGCAAAAUUUCAAUAUGAGAACAGUCAUGGUUCAUCAGAAUGCUUUAAGAUUCAGAACCAACGGUUAUAUGAAAUUGGAGGAAAUAUAGCCCUCUUGGUGUUUCUCAGCCCAAGUGGCAUCUCCCAGCAUUGUCAACAUGAACUGUGGAGGAGGAGGAGCUGGUUGACUGAGCUGAGGCUUUCUCCUAUGGUUCCUUAAUAAUGGUGAAGGAAAGACGCUGUGAUUGUUCCAGAGGAAAGGCCAAGCUAGUAUAUGGAACUCUGUAAUCAUUUCUAGUACUUUGACUUCACAACAGAAAUGAACUUCGUCUUAUACCUAGAGAUAAAAAAUACUUCUUUAUGUAGCAGAUGCUACACAGACAUGGAAAAGUCUUUGUUUUACUUACGUUAUAUAUAUGUUGACCUUUUUGAACAAGAAUGCCAGAAGUAUCAAUAAUUUCCACCACAGACAUGGAAGAGUCUUUGUUUUACUUACGUUAUAUAUAUGUUGACCUUUUUGAACAAGAAUGCCAGAAGUACCAAUAAUUUCUGCUCUGCAAAAUAAUUCAGAUUUGCUUUUCAAAGGGAAUCAGUUUCUAAAGUUAUGCAUCCAAUAUCGAUGCCCUGACUUGCUCCCAAAUUGGAGGAGGAUGAACUUCUGUUGAAAGAACACUGUAUUGUUACGUAUGUUGUACUGUAUUAUGACUAUCCGCAUUCUGGUGCAAGUAAACAUUUCUCUAUUGUGGGUUCUUGAAAAUUUAUAUUUUUAAAGCUUGUUCUCUUAUGAGCACAGGUUCCCAUAGCAAAGGUUAGUUUGACAGAGGGUGUUCUUAUGCUUUCAUAACCUUCUGUGUAGUUACCAGUCACAGACCUCUAUCUUUUCAUCAUGAUUAUGGUGCUCAAUGAAAAGCUUUCUCUGUGCCAGGCACAGAUUUCCUUUCCUGAUCAAACAUAUCAUUUUUUUAAUAUUUUACAACUGUAGAUUGUCACUUCUGUAGCCCCAGUUUAAAAAUAGAGAAUUAUCUUUAUCCAACUGCUCUUCAUCCAAAAGUACUGAAAAAUACUCUUAUAUCCAGGUUUUAUAUGCUGUAAAAGCAAAUUGUUUCUGUUUAUCAUUCAUAGAUUGGCCAAGCACUGUGGAUUAGCCUCAGACUUUAAAGUCAGAUGCGUAUUUGGUAAGCUGGAAACUGUCUUACUAUGAAGAUUCUGCAGAGCCGUUUUUUAGACCUACAAUCAGUGAGAACACACAGUUUUCCACAAUCUAAUGGAGAGCAAAUCCACAAUGUGCUGAAGGGUCAGACAGCUCUGCCUUUCAUCUUAAGACUACAGAUAUAGGUCUAAGGUUAGCUAGAAAUGGGGACAGAGGUCUCAUUUAUCCUACAUGCAUGCUUUGGAUUAGAAUCCACAGAUUGAGAUUUCAUUGAAUUUAUAAUAAUUUUAAUGAGAUUUAAUGUCCAAAUGACUCUCUUUUGCAGUUCAAACAGUAACGUUAUAAAUACAGAAAACAUUUUACCAAUGCUUUGGGAAAAAAGUGUUUUUACCAAUGUUCCUACUUACCAAUUCUUAAAACAUGACAUAAUAAUUUAAGCCCACAUAUAGAAGAAAUCUUUUUUUUUUUUUUUUUU